AUGCGCUGCGUGUACGAGGACCCGAAUUUCGAGAGCUGCACACGGUGCUUCAAGGCGAGUUUGAAAUGUUCCAUCACUGAAGAUCCUACAGAGACAACUGCGCGCUCGCGGCCGCGCAAGAAGAUCAAGCUCAAGGGCACGGGGCCCCUAAGCGCGCUCCAGACCAGCAUGGGGGAGGCCACAAGGCUUUUCCAGACGCUCCAAAGACAGAUGUCAGAAACAACAAACAAUAGUACAGUGACUCUGGACGGCCAGAAACUGGAUUUUUCGAGCCUGGACGAAAAUCUGAACCCAGAGAGCCUUUCACAGUUGCAAGCGCAGCUCACAGACCUACAAAGGCUGCUCGCGCAUGCGGUCACUUUCAGCAAGGACGUGUAUCUCAGUUCCAAAGACCAAAGUGUUGCUUCUUCGAUCAAUUCGAUGAAGGAGGGCCCUGUGAAAAGCAUGCCAAACCUGCCUUUUGUUGCGUACGGUCCAAAUCUCGUCAAGGAGUUGAUAAAGCUCAAGAUUCUCAGCGAGGAGGAUGCCCGCUCGCGAUUCGACUAUUUUCUUAGCGAUGUGCUGUGCUACUGGCCCUGUGUCUCAAUUCCGUCGCAUUACACGUUCGACUGGCUUUUGGAGAAUGAGCCACUUGUGUUGCUGGCGUUCAUCACCGUCACGUGUCUCAACGAGGCCGAUUUGCACGACACUCUGCUCUACUAUCUAGACAACAACCUUGCGCAAAGAGUGGGCGUGCUGGGCGACAUUUCCCCCACUCUAGUGCAAGUUUACCUGGCCCUGUCGCUGUGGUGUUCUCCUCCACGCAAGUGGGGGUCAUACAAGCACCAGAUGAGUCUGUUGACAGCUUUGAACUUGACCUUGUGUCUCGACCUCGGGAACGAGGCCCAUCGAACGGGUCCCAACGUGCUUAAGGAUGGUUCCGAGGAGCGCAAAAUUCUGCGCACAUACAUCGGCGUGUAUUCGUGCUGUGGAUCGCUGGGACUCUCUCUUCCACGGUUCAAAGUGGUGAACUGGACAAACACGCACGAACGCUGUUGUCAAGUCUUGCUGAUGGGCGAUGUAAGCAGAUACGACCGGUUCCUUGCAUACUAUGCGCGGCUCGUGGCCAUUGGCGAGGAGAUAUUCCAGUUUCUGUGCCCGACAACGGCUUCUCCGUCGUUAGCUACGCGGCUGAACAUGCUUUUCAGUGCCGACAAAGAAACGCAGGACGAGAACUCGUUCCCGCACGAAAGUCUGCGCGCCAUGAUGAUCAGCUACGAGAAGAAGAUGCAAAAACUGGCCACCGAGAGCGGCCUGCUCACGUCGGAGUCGAAGGAGAAAAAUCUGCUCUCCAUCAUCUACUACCAGCUACUCAUGACGAUGUAUGACUAUGUGGUUUGCCGCGUUCUCGUGCGCAAGGAUACGCUCACAGACGUUUAUUUGCAGACUCUGGACCGUCUGGUGCGGGCCAGCAUCAAGGUUGUGGACUCCUUUGUUGCUCUGAGCGACCAGACGUCAACGUUUCCUACUUUUUUCUACUACAGACCUAUGCAUGCCCUCGUUGCCCUGAUCCGGUCCCGACUGCUGGUGAAGUCGCAACGGCUGGAGAUGGAGGUAGAUGUGGAGCACGAGUACGAGCGUGUGGCUGCUGCGCUGGCGAAAGUCGCCGCGCAGAGCAAGGUUGCUUCUCGGAUGACAAUGAUUCUGACACGGGUGCGCAAGUGGAUGCAGGUAUCGAACAACUUCAACAGAGACGGCGCCACGAACUCGAUGGUGGACCUUCUGGACGAGCUGGGCAAGGAGAAAGCGGUCGAGAACAUCAGUGUCAACCUAAAGGGCAAGAAGGAGGGCGACAACGGGCAUCUGAAUCCGGACUCACGCAUCCAAUUCAACAAAUUUAUAAAUUACAGCGCAGACAACAUGUCGCGCAAAAAUAGCCGCAAGCUCUCGAUGAGCUCGUCGCGGCCACAGAGCCGGUCGGGCUCGACGUACAUCCCGUCGCCGAUCGGUUUCAAUUCCAGCGAGAACAAUGACUCGCCAGGUAACGGCAGCGAGACGAUGGACCGGAUUCCAGAAGUAGGUAGCAUCGGUCUCGAAAACUCUAUCGAACACACAACCGAGUCCCAAAAUCUGCUGAACGACAUCUUCUCGCAGAUCGACUCCGACAUCCUCAACUUCAACGAAAACUCGGUGAUGGAAAUGAUGCCUGAGACCGACCUGAAUAUUUUCGGGGGUGAGGAGGGCUACGGGUUUUGGUGA